AUGCUGGUGGAAAGAAAGUUCCAAAGCCUCUCCACUUGUUCGUACUGCUGUCACCCACCUACCUCAUUUCCUCACGCUACAUAUAAUCCUUCCAUUUUAGAACCCUUCUCUUAAAAUCCUAUUCGAAGUCGUCUUCAUUACUCCCUCUUCCAUUGUCUACUUUCCUUUACUAUCAACAGAUUUCUCUUAUUAUUUAUUUAUUUUUUUAUCUAAUUGAAGAAAGAUGUGUGGCGGUGCUAUUUUGGCUGGCCUCAUCCCUCGUAACCGUGGCCACCGCGUCGCGGCUUCUGAGUUCUGGCCCAACUCAUCCUUCAAUAAACCCAGUCCCUUCGACACGUAUCCGAGUCCUCUCCGCAAUCAGGAGCCAUUCACUCUCAAACGACCCCAGCCCACUUCAGGGGAUCAUGAACAAGUGGAGAAGCCGAAUGCCAAGAGGCAGAGGAAGAAUCUAUACAGAGGUAUAAGGCAACGACCUUGGGGUAAAUGGGCAGCUGAGAUUCGUGACCCAAGAAAAGGAGUCCGCGUUUGGCUCGGUACAUUUAACACGGCUGAGGAAGCAGCUCGAGCCUACGACAGAGAGGCUCGCAAGAUUCGCGGCAAGAAAGCCAAAGUCAAUUUUCCUAACGAAGAUGACCAUUACUACACGUCCCAAAACUCGAACACCAAGCCUUUCCUGUACCAAGCCCCCACUUGUCAUUUCUCAAAAGGUUAUGAUUCUGGGAACGUUUAUGAUGCAUAUCAGAUCGAAACCUUCCAUUCAAAUGGUUUAAUUAACGAACCAAUUGUUAGUUCUGGGGAGGAUGAUUCUAGGUCAGGUUCAGAGGAGGUGACAGGACUGCUGGGCUGUAAUCAGAAUGUGGAGAGCAAUAAUUAUAUGGGUCAAGUAAAGGUGGAAGAGGAGAAACUGGAGGAGAAGAAAGUGAUGAACAAGGAGGUGAUGGUGGUGGAUUUGGAAACUGGGGAGGAAGAAAGCGAGGUGCAGAAGCUGACUGAGGAGUUAAUGGCGUAUGAAAAUUUCAUGAAGUUUUAUCAGAUUCCGUAUCUGGAUGGGCAAUCAACGGCACCAAAUGGGACAACCCAGGAAAGCCUUGUGGGUAAUCUUUGGAGCUUUUUUGAUGAUGGUGUUGAUGCUCCUGUCACUUCUGCACCUCUGUAAUGGCGACGGCGCAGUAUCUUGCUGGUUUUGUAGAUUGGGAAAUUGAUGAUUAAUUAUGGUUUUUAAGGAUUGUGUUGUUUUAAUUAAGAGGAAUUGAACUUCUUGAGUUCGCUGUCAAAAUGUAAUUUUUACAAGUUAACUGUCAUCUGAUGAAAUUUCUAUCCUUCAA